AUGAGAGAUUAUAAGUUGGUUGUUUUAGGUGCCGGAGGUGUUGGUAAGUCUUGUCUCACUGUUCAAUUUGUACAGGGGAUAUACAUUGACAGCUAUGAUCCUACUAUCGAGGAUUCGUACAGCAAGGAGAUAGAGGUUGAUGGAAGAGCGUGCAACCUUCAAAUCCUGGACACAGCAGGUGUGGCGCAAUUCACUGCCAUGAGAGAGCUCUAUAUCAAGAAUGGUCAGGGUUUUGUAUUGGUGUAUUCUGUGACAGAUAAGCAGUCAUUACAGGAACUUUUGGCCAUAAGAGAGCAGAUUUUGAGGAUCAAAGAUACUACCAGUGUCCCUAUGGUGUUAGUGGGAAACAAAUGUGACCUCAUAAAGGAACGAGAGUUGACACCAGAGGACGGAAUUGAGAUUUCACGGCGUUGGAAUAAGGUUCCAUUCUACGAAUCAAGUGCUUUGUACCGUAUGAAUGUUGAAGAUGCAUUUGUUGAUGUUGUAAGACAGAUCAUAGGAAAGGAAGUUCAACAAGAGCAGCAGCAGCAACAGCAACAGCAACAACAGCAACAGCAGCAAUUGCAACAGCAAAAGACUCUCCAAUCAACGCAGGGGCUGCCUAAUACGGGGGCCAGUGGCUUUGACAGAGCUCCAACGCAGGCUGUAUAUCAGGCAAAGGAAGUCCCUGGUCGGCGAAAUGGUUCUGCUUAUGAUAACAGUGAUUUCAGGUCCAAUAAAAAGAAGAGAUGGUACUGCAGGUGUACUAUAUUGUGA